UAACAGAGCUACAAUUUCUGGGUAGGAAGUUGAUUGGUAUUGAAAACAUUGAUAACAUGAUUCACUGUCACUUUAUAACGUAUGAAUUUUCCUUUGCAAGAACAGCUAGCAAAUUGCUGUUAGGGACCCUUGCAUGUUUCUUACGCAGCAUGUCUGGUUUUCACUGUCACUAUAUUAAUAAAAUUACUUGCACGACACAAGCAGCAAUAUUUUUUCUUAAACGCCUUGUGCGAUAGGGGUUGUUUACACAGCAAUUGCAAUCACGAUACUCCGACACUAAUCUCAAACCUCAUGUUAAAAUUUUAUCUGAAUCACUGAUGCUAUUUUCAGGACUCUGUUAAGCCAAAUGGUAACAUUGUAAACGAGACAUGUAAAAAGACUGAGGGAUAUAUAAAUGGACCUGUUCUCUACAAGGUGUUACCGCUUGAGAUAGACCCGACUGGUCACAUUGAAGCAAAGGAAGACUCUGAAGGGUUCUUAGAGGACACGGUUGAAACUGACUCAGCAAGCGGAAACUUCUCUAGCACGAAGCCUGAUCCCACGCUCUCAGAAAGCUUCGAACAGAUAGAAGAACAUCUCCAACCUGUAAUGGAAGACAAAUCUGUGGCUGAUGCAUUUAAAUCCAUUUCUAUCGAGGACAUAGAUUACUUAUGUCGUUUGUUUGAAAGGGUGCAAGACUCUCCGAACGAUGUGGAAGAGCCCGGUCAAAUGUCCUCAGAAUGCCGCACGAUUUGGGAAUUUGCGAAAUGUCAACGCCAGGAAUCGGACGAAAAAUAUCGCCAUUCCCUCACAAGCUGUUACUACCUAGCCGCUGUGCUGGCCGAGGUCCCUACGUCAGUCCGUCAACUUUUCGACCAGACCACAGUCAACUUAUUCCCUCUGCUCAAAGACAUCCUUCUUGGAAGACCUCGAAAAGAUAUUGUAAUUAACGAUGACAUCUUGAAAUGCAAUAAGGCCAAGGCACUUCUAGAAAUGUUAGACAUUUGUACAAAAGAGUCUGUCGUCGUCGCAAUUCCUGCAUCUCAAAAACUGAUGGUGAAUGCCGUCUGGAUAGCCAUGCUGUAUGGUUGGCAUAGUCGUGAAGAACAGCAGUGACUCUCUGAUACAGAGUUUUAGCAGAACUUUGUCAUUCCACAUUGAAGAAAGUGUGUUUGGUGUGUGUUUAAAUUUUACAGCUGAUUCAAGAAAACUUAACAAUUGUUUGAUAUUGACAUUUUAUUUAAAUUCUAAAAUUGGUGAAGUUGUUGACGAUGCACUUUUAUGAACAACGCAAACUAAAUAAAUAAGGCUAGUUACAUGAACAGGCAUUUGUAUUGCGGUUGUGCAAUUGGGGAGCCGAGCAUGUCAUUCUAAAUUAUGUCAUUAUUUCUUGUCGCUGUUCUCUUAACAGUUUAUACCAAAUUGUUUCUAUCAAUACUCUUGUAUUCUGAAAGGUGGUAUAUCGUAGACUGAAGUUAAGUUAUCACCGUAACCAAAGUCUUUUAAGGAUUCAUGUUUCACUUCCAAAGCUGCAAUUAUGCAUCGGUAAGCUUUUUGACCCGCCAUAUAAAUUAAUAAGAUCAUUUUUAUUGAUCCACUCUGAAAAACAAAACAAAAGAAAUCUACAACAAUGUUUGCAUUAAAAUGCAGUGGAGUCGGACCAGGAUUCGAGUCCUGCUUUCACGAUCUGUAAACUUUUGCACUUAUCGAACUAAAUAACUGCAUCACUAGAAGUUCCCCGGCCCAGUCGCUCUAAAAGUGAAUCCAAACGAAAUCAAGGCGAGGUAACUGUAUAUAUGAAAAUAACAACAACAAUGGGACCCUCUAAUGGGUUUUUUCAGUAGAACAGGGAUCUAUAAUUACAAAAAAAUAGUGCAAUGAUCUCAAUACCCACCUUCGAAGAUGAUAAGAAAUAUUUGAUUUCCUUAAUGAACCUGUACUAGAGAGGUACGAAAACAAUUAUUUGUUAAUUUGUUUUUAUUUGAUCAUCACAGAGACUUUGGGUGUUUUAUGUAGAUAUAUUCAAUUGUUCAUCUAGUCCAUGCCUUCUUAUGAUAUUGUCAAAGGUUUGCCAUGUGUAACAUAGGAAUUGAGGAACGUUUUUAUAAAGGUGGUGAAUGUACUAGGGAGGUACUCGGACACUCUUUUGUCAUUUUUUUAUACUUAACCAUCACAAUUGUUUUGUUUGUAGAUGUAUAUAUAUAUAUACAUUAAAUAUGCAGCUAUUUGAUGUUUUUUCUCGAUAUUGUCAAAGGGUAACCAUGUGUAAACUUAAACUGAAGAACGUUGUUAUGACAUUUGUAUGGCUUGUUAUGACAGCUCCUUUUAAUAAAGCUUUUCUAUACUCUAAC